AUGGCGAUCGAAGGGUUAUUAGACUACGGUGCCUUUGGAGAGGCUUUCAUAUACAAAUGGUCGAUGGAUCCACUAAAUCCAGUCGUCGUUGUGGAUAAUACCUAUAAUAUUGAUUCGAGCGAUGUACAAUUGCUACUUCGUAUCAAUCAUAAGAAUGUUAUCAAAUUUGCUGAAAUUAUCGAUGGUUUUAUGAUGCUGGAAUAUGCGGACUGUGGAUCACUGAAACAACUUCUGCAUGGCGACGAGCAGAGGGAAUAUUCUUUGAGAAAUGCCCUCGAUUGGAUGCAUCAGGCAGCAAAGGGUCUGAAGUACCUGCACUCCUGCAUUUAUGCAACAACGACGUACUACAGGUUGACACCAAAAUUUUUGAUGUUAACGAACAACUAUCGCUACUUAAAGGUUAUUGUACUUCCCAGUAAAUGUCAAAAUUUGUCACCGACGAUAACCGAAAGGAUAAUGGAAAAAAUCGAUUUAACAGAGAGGAGUGAUAUGUACAGCAUAGGAACUACCAUUUGGGAAUUAUUAACACGUAAAAAACUCUUUUAUAACACGGCGUAUACAUCGCACGAUAUAUUUGAGGCAGUCUUGAGAGGAGAACAUCCGCCAAUAAGCGAUAUCAAAAUAUCAAUCGAUGACUGUUUCAAGAGAUUAAUUGAAAGUUGUUGGAACGCAAAUCCAGAUGAGAGACCGACUAUUCAAGAGCUCAUAUCUACACUGGAUGGCAUUCUCAAAGAAGAAAUUAACGCGGACCUCGACCAAGUAUUGAAGGCUAAUACCGGAGCAAUUAUUGACUUUGCUGAUAUCGAGAUUUGCAAGCAAAUCAGGGAAGAUCGGUUUGGUGUGUCCCACAAAGCAAUGUGGCUAGGUAAAGAGAAAACAGUUACAAAAUUCAAGGACUCCACCCAAGCGUGGACUGAACAUCAACCCUUUCUAGAGCAAAUAAGAAAGAAUAUUAAGUUAAACAAUGAAUACCUUGUAAAUAUAUAUGGCAUCUCAAUAGGCAAGGAAGACACUUACUUAAUAUCAGAUUACUCAGAUUGCGGAUCUUUGCACGAUUUUAUGUAUGAUAGGGAACAGAGGAAGUAUUCAGUAAAUAGCGCAAUUAAAUGGAUGAUGGAUGCUGCCGAGGGCAUUUGUCUACUUAACAGAAAAAGGCAAACAAAUAUGUUUCUGAACUACAUCUUAACGCCGUAUAAUAUGAUCUUGUUUAACAACUUCAAGAGAUUGAAGAUUAGUGAUUAUUGCAGUCCUUUUGAAGCUUCAAAUGUUGUAGAUUCCACUGCAGAAAUAGCGUAUAUAGCACCAGAGGUAUUUCGACAAAAUCAAUAUAGCGAGACGAGUGAUGUAUAUAGCCUUGGCAUUAUCUUGUGGGAGGUGCUCGCUCGGAAGAAGCCUUACUAUGAGUUAAUCAAUGUGCAUCCACAUAAUUUAGUGAAAAUGAUUAAAGUUACAGGUAUGCGUCCGGCUUUGAGUGAUAUAAAAAAGUUGGAGCUUGACUCAAUAGAAGAAUUUAUCGAAACUUGUUGGCAUCAGGAUCAACUAAAACGUCCAGAUCCAGAUCUUUGGUUUAAUUAUCUUGAUAGCCACUGCUCACAAAUUAACGCUACUAAGUUUAUACAAUCUUACGAAGACGUUAACUAUCAGGAUAUCGAAUUGAUUGAGACCAUUGGCAGUGGCAGUUUCGGCCUAGUCUAUAGAGCGAAAUGGUGUGAAAUGGUUGUCGCUGUCAAAGAAUGCAAAAGCAUAGCAACGACAAAUUUCGAACAGGAGAUCAAACAGCUGGCCCGUACUAACAAUCAGAAUAUUGUAAAAUUAUAUGGUAGUUGUUUUCACGAAAACUGCGCAUACUUAGUCAUGGAUUAUGCAGAGUGUGGAUCCCUCUAUAACUACUUGCACGGAGACGAACAAAAGGAGUAUACAAUGGCCAGAGCUCUAGACUGGAUGAUUCAGUGUGUUCAGGGUAUUCAGCACUUGCACUCCAUGACACCGAAACCGAUGCUUCAUCGUGACCUAAAGACUCCAAAUCUUCUACUAACCGACAAUAACAGAAUAUUGAAAAUUGCUGAUUUCGGCACUGCGACGGAUCUGAGAACUCUGAUGACGAGUGAGAUUGGCACUGUAGCUUAUAUGGCCCCAGAGGUUCUGAUAGGAAAAAACUAUACGGAGAAGUGCGACAUUUAUAGCUUUGGGAUUGUUCUCUGGGAGGUGAUGGCGCGCAGAAAGCCAUUUCAUCACUUGAAGAAUCGAAGUACACCGGCAUUGAUAAUGCAAACAUUUAAAGGUGAACGUCCAUUAGUAGGUGCUUUAAUACCGAAUUGCGAGGAAUUAAAAACUCUGAUUGUAAACUGUUGGCAUCAGGAACCGGAGGAGCGGCCCAUUUAAUAGAAACAAGUAAGAAAGCUCUAGUCG